CGGGCUCUGAUUGGUUGAGCCUUUCUGGACUUGCCCUGGGAACCAGGAGUUCUCUCUAGACUUGGAGGCCGCUGAUGGCUCCCUUCCUAAGCCUAAUCUUCUCGGUUUCCUCAUCUGUAAGAUGGAGAUAAGCCCGUCUCAGUUCUUGUGAGGACUGAGGGGACAUGCCUGUGUACAGCACGUGAGUUGCUCCAUAAAUGUGCAUUGCCUUCUGCUGUUAAGAGCUGUGAAAAUGUCUGACAAGACCCAGAUAGCUGCCAGAGCUACCCUCAUUGAGCAGCUGGUGUCUGAAAGGAACUUUGAGGAUCUUGGCGACCACCUGACUGGGCUAGAAGCUCUACACGUGACUAGGGAGCAUCUCCAGCAGACAGAUGUGGUCAGGGCUGUGUACAGAGUCCUCAAAACCUGCCCCACGGUGGCUUUGAAAAAGAAAGCCAAGUGUUUGCUCUCGGAGUGGAAAGCUCUUUAUAAGGAUCCUCAUUUCAAACCAAGGGACCCCACAUUCUGCCCGGUAGGGGGAAAUAACAAAAACUCAGGACUUUCCUGUGACUCAAGUCAAGAUGAGACAUUGGGUGGUUCCAGUUCUGAUCCCCUGCUAUUGUCCCAAGAUGUUAGGGCCAAAGCCACCAAAAUGAUUGCACCUGAAAACAGCCCUAAUCUAAUGGAACCUCAGGAAGAGUAUGUCAGGGCCGGUGGCCCGAAAUCCAUUGACAAGAGAGCAGGUGAGUUGCUGGAUCCUGUCGUGGCCAUGAGAACUAAAUGCACGGAGCUUCUUUAUGAAGCUCUGACCAGUUCUUCCACAGAGCAGCCCAAGGCCGAAUCGUGGCAGAACUUUGCAAGGGAAAUAGAAGAGCACAUUUUCACCCUUUAUUCGAAGAAUCUCAAGAAAUAUAAAACUUGUAUCAGAAGCAAAGUGGCCAAUCUGAAGAACCCCCAGAAUUCUCACUUACAACAAAACUUGCUCUCCGGGACCGUGUCGCCAAGAGAGUUUGCCGAAAUGACCCCAAUGCAAAUGGCAAGCAAGGAACUGAAGCAGUUGAGAGCUUCCUAUACCGAAUCUGGCAUACAGGAGCAUUGCCUCCCACAAGGGGCCGAGGGCACACAGACGUGGAAAAUAAAAUGCAGACGCUGCGAGAAGUUCAAUUGCAGAGUCACUGUCAUUGCCAGAGGGACACUUUUCCUUCCAAGCUGGGUGCGGAAAUCAAACCCAGAUGAAGACAUGAUGACCUAUGUGAUCUGUAAUGAGUGCGGGGAGCAGUGGUACCACAGCAGCUGGGUGUGCUUGUAAUUGUAAAGAAACGUUCUCCACCACAGGUGACAGGAGUGACAUCUUUUAUUCAUGUCACCCUCCUAUGCUUGUUUUUAAAAUCUUACACACAUUGUUCUUAAAACAACCCUAAAAAGAAGGGAAGAGCUCCAGCUGGUGUGGCUCAGUGGAUUGAACACCAGACCAUGAACUAGAUGGUCGCUGUUCGACUCCCAGUCAGGGUACAUGCCUGGGUUGCAGACCAGGUCCCCAGUGCGGGGCACAGGAGAGGCAACCACACAUGGAUGUUUCUCUCUCCCUCUCUUUCUCCCUCCUUCUCCUCUCUCUAAAAAUAAAUAAAUGAAAAGCUUUAAAAAAAGGAAAGAAAGUCGUUUGUUGAAGUUCACACCACUGCCGCAAAGUUGAUGGUUUGGAUGGAGAGUGGAUGACCUCAUUGUGCUUUGUGGCCUCAUUAGUACUUCGCUAUCCUCAGAGUGGCUGAGAGGAGCUCAGAGUAACCUCAGAGUCUGUUAGAAAUGCAGGCUCUCAGGCCCCAAGCUAUUGAAUCCGCACCUGCAUUGUGGCAGGAUCCCUGAUAUGGGAAGCUUUGAAGAACCUCUGUGUAACCUUUAUUUGCCCAGAUCCCAGGCGCCUAAGGAGAAUGAUGGGGCUGUCUAGGAUAAGUAAACAACAGUGCAUUAGCUAGGGCUGAGAUUAACACCCCUGCUGUUAAAAACUGACCUUCAAAUUUAGCCUUUGUCCUCUGCUUCUGCCCCAUAGCUAGAACUAACUUCCGCAUUCCGCUUCUGUACCCCGCUUUGCUACGUAGACAAGAAGACCCUAUAGACUAUAAAAACCCCAAGAAUCCUUUGUUCCGGGCUCAGAAUUUGGAUAUUGACUCCUCUGGGCCCAUGCACGUUAAAAUAAACCUCGUACUCCACAAACCCUUGGUGUCUGGUCGCUUCAUUUUCCUGCAACAUCCCCACACAAUCCGGUCCAAUAGUUUGAGAAGUGCUACUGUCGGGGCUGCAUAUCAGAAUCAUUUGGGGAGGUUUGAAACCCCACCGAGGCAGAAGGCCCACCCUUGCACAGUGACAUCUGAAUCUAUGGGCUGUACCCCAGGUGUCAACAUUUCUUUUUUAUGUCCUCAACUUCUUUUCAGAUGCCCCCAGAGUUGAGCACUGCUCAUCCGAGGCUCUCAUGUGGUUCUUUUCACAGCUGCGAGAAAAGACUGUUCUGUCAACUUGACAGAUGAUGAAACAGAUCCCCCGAGGUGCCGUGACUUGCCCAGGCUGCACAGCCAUAGAGGGCUUGACUCGAACUGCUCCCAGAUUUUCUUCCUCUGAACUCAUUGGCAGAGACUGCCCCCGAAUUGACCUCUGAGCAAUGUGCUCCUGGAGACAGGGAACUUAAUGAAUAGUGCCUUUAGGCGCUAACAUUCAGUAACCAGAGUUUUGUCCUUUCCCCCUCUUUUCUCAUUUUAAAGGUCUCCCUUAAGCUCCAAAAGUUAGCCUAUAACUAAUCCUACAGUAUUUUGUUUUGAGUCCUUAAGAUGAGUGGAAGGAGUCAUGUAUUUUUUUUUCUUUGCAAAGUUCUCCAAGGCAUAUCAACUCUUCAACUGUGACAUUUUGUUUUUGAUGUUAGGGAGUCUUCGUGUUCUCAAGGGCAUGUAUGGUAGGGCUGUAGGGGAGGGCAAAAGCCCUGCUAGGCUCUGUAGCUGGGAGGCUGCAAAUCAGACUGACAAAAGGCAGGUUAGCAAGAGAAAACCAGUUUAUUAUACAUGUAGGACAAACUCAGUGAUGGAUAAUGCAAAGGUGUCAUCAGAAGUUGGCGCCUUAACAAAAACAGCCCUGGCCAGUGUAGUUCAGUGGGUUGAGCACGGGCCUGGGAAGCAAAGGGGUCACCAGUUGGAUUUCUAGUCAGGGCACACGCCUGGGUUGCGGGCCAGGUCCCCAGUAGGGGACAUGUGAGAGGCAGGAUGACCACACAUUAAUGUUUGUCUCCCUCUAUUUCUCCUUCUCUUCCCCUCUCUCUAAAAAUAAAUAAAUAACAUCUUGAAGAAAACAAAGAACAGUAAAUUUGUAGAGAAGUAGUAACAAGAGGAAGCAAAGGGGCUUUAGGCUUCUAGGGGCAGCAAGCUGGGAAAGUAGAUACAUGAGGGACC